AUGGGAAACUCCGAGACGUCUCGAUGGGAGUACAUCCUCGGACACGACAAGUACCUGGGUGUCCCACGGAGGCGCUACGUUCGCAGCCUCACUGUUUCGUGUGACCUUUCCGAGAACGAAUACGAGAUAGCCCGGUCACUCGUCGAAGUCUUACCCUCGUUUUUGAACCUCCGGUCACUCCAGUGCGACUACUCCAGUGGGCUCAUAGAGCAAUACCCACGCCUCGUCGAAUGUAUCCCCAACCUGGUACAGCUCACAGAGAUUGAACUCCAAGAAUUUUUUCGAGCGACCCUACCGAGCCUCCCUGCCAUUCUAGCCGCUCCCAACCUCACUACCGUCACUCUCUGGUUUGCGCAAGACCCUGAAGAUGUCGAGUCGUGGGAUGUUUCACAAGCUUUUGCACUCCUAUCGACACUCGCCGCUCUCCCCUCAUUAUUCGCCCUCUCCUUGACCUGUCCUGAUAUAGAUAUUCCUCCACGCUCUACCACCAUGCGCAUCAUCCCUAUGCUCUCUUCUCUUCGGCACAUGAUCAUCGACAACCUCAUCUGCAACGCGACCGCAAAUAUCGUCGCGUACUGCCCCAACCUGACCACGCUCAAGAUAGAUUGGCACGUUGAUUAUCAAGAGGACAGUGAUCAAGAAGACAGUGACCUUGCGCAUCUCCCACCGCUCACCGAAGAUGUCUGGCCGUCCAUCCACGAGCUUGACUGCUGUAUCCCGUUGCCGAGCUCUUGUACGGGCCGCUUUGGACGCGCGAGCAAAGUGACGAUGCACUAUGCGCACCUGUACAACCACAAACAUUUCCUCUCCAUCCUCAGCGAGACCCGACCGUCAUGCCUGCGUUUGAUCGACACCGUCUACCAUUUCGACUCCGAGCGAGGUCAAAUCAAUCACGCGUGGAAGAGACUGGCUAAGACGCUUCCCCAGCUGCGGUCGUUGCUGUUGUGGUUGCGCGACAGCUCGUUGACCGAGGACUUUGUGAACGUGCUUCUAGACGUACUCCGCCCUCUCCCCCUCACGCACUUUUCGUUUCGCGUGAACACUCCCAAAACGUAUGGCCCACUCAGCAUGGCGGGCGUGAACAGAUGCCGCACCCAGGAGGUUCGCCGGGUCGACACCCUCCGCGCGCUCCCAGACGCACUCCCACGCGCCCUGCCGCACCUGCGGGUGUUCUCGCUUGGACCGUGCAAGACGGUUCUGCGGGAGUGGGAUCGACGGAGCGGGCGGCCGGAGGAGUUUUGGAAGUACUUGAAGCCGGAUGUCUGCGCAGCGAUCCAGGCGCAGGACGCGGUCGACGAGGAGUGGGGAGAGAUGAGUGCGCAGGUCGACGAGCAUCUGCGCGAACUGAGGCGGCGGGAGGACGAGACGGCGGGGCUUCGGAACGAGCGGUGGUGGUGGGUCGAGGGAGAGGGCGAAGAGAGACGGGCGAUCGAGAUCUGGAAGGAGAAGGGCGAGUGGGCGCGCGAUGUGAUCGAGGGUGAGGACUUCCAGCCGGGCGAUCUCACUGGAAUGUUCCGUGAUAGUUGGCGCUACGAACCGUAG